AGCUGAGUAACAGCCUGUAGGCUGCAAACAUUUUUGUUGGCGAUGUAUUUUCCUGGUGAUUUAUUUUUAGGCUGUAUUAAAUCGGCAAAAAUAACAUUAAAUCUUUCUUUCGUUUUUUAAUCGGCCCCUCCCUUAUAUUUGUCAUGUCAUAAGGUUUCUAAGAAAACGAAACUCAGACUGUAGAGCAGGCAGCAGAACUUCAGGAACAGAUCUAAUAAUGACGGAGCAAGAAAAAUCCCCCCUGAGAUUUGUUAAUCGACCGGAUGACAUUACCCUUGAUGAUGAUCCGGACAUAAAGAGAAUAGAGAUGUCCUGUGGACAUGUUGUCUCACCACAGACUCUCACAGUCUUUUGUCGCAGUCUACUGGAUCAGGGCCAGUACAAGUUCUUCUGUCCAGCAAUAAAAGACGGAACAAAUACAAAGAGGUGUGGGGCUGAGUGGAAGUACAUGGAAGUGCGGAGAAUUGCUGUACUGAGUCAAGAGGAGCAGAGCAACUUUGAGAAGACUAUGGCUGUACUGGCCGCAGCUAAGUACUGUGAAUUCAACCCAUGUCCAGGUUGCAAAUCAUAUGUAGAGAGGCAGGAUUUGACCAAUCUGUGUGUACACUGCAUCAUCUGUACAGCAGAGACUGGUAAGAGGUUUGAGUUCUGCUGGCAGUGUCUGAAGACCUGGAAAGGGCCAGCACCUCACUCGGAGAAGUGUGACAACAGUGGCUGUGUUAACCACACACUUGAGAAGCUGUUAAAAUGUGCUGAUACAAUCCUUCCUGAGGUUCAAAACCUAAAAUGCCCUUCAUUGCGAGCUUGUCCUACAUGUGGAAACCUGGUGGAGCAUGACACAACAGGGUGCAAGAAUAUUAUAUGUAAUCGAUGCCAGAUUGAAUUCUGCUUUUCUUGCUUAAAGAUCACUGCUGAAUGCCUACAAACAAGCUCAUACUUUGAACCUUGCGAAAAUGGUGUAGCACCUCGCCAAACAUCCAUUCCAACCUGGAGAAAAUAGGCUACUAAAACCUGGAUAUAUUAUAAGUCCAAGUGGCCCAACAUUAUCUUUAGCCUUUUUUCAACUUCUUUAACAUUUAUAUUGGCCCAGCUUAUAACUGAAUAAUAUUGUGUAAUACAGUGAAAAUUCAAUAUGAUUAAAAAAAAUCACAUAUGUCUUGACAAUUUUCCACAAUCUAUAUUAAAAAGUACUGUAUGUGUUUGUUUUUAUGAUUUUAUAAUAUCUUAGCACAAAGAUGUUAGUCUUAUCCCCCCCCCCCCCCCACACACACACACAAUGUUGGUAAUUAUUUCUAAUCAUAUACUGGAUAAAACAUAUAAAACAACAUAAAAUUGUACUGUUGAUACUUAAAAUGUAAUAAAG